AUGAAAAGGGUCAAUCCAACUUCAGUUCUCACGGCUUCGGCGGUUGUAGGCAUCGUAUGCCUAUGUGCUGCACUUCGGGUCUUCGAGGAUAGCGCACUGUCAGUGGCUGCGGAAGAGGCAAAAGGGGUCGAGGUAGGGGGCUUGUCGUUUGUUAUGGACGAGACUGCACAACUGACUGAGGACGCCUCAGUGGGGGACGAUGGCGUGCCUACCGUUCGCGGCUCCACUACAGCUGUUCGCCCACGGAAACAGGGCAAACAUGACAAAGUGCGAUUUUCUCUUAUGUCAUGGAGUUCCAUGAAGAGAUCAGAUAGGCCAUUAGCUCGAAAUCGCGUUAGGAAAUACUUCUUGGAUCUCCUUCCUGUCUUUGCCUUUGUGGCUUUUGCCGCCGCUCUCCAGUUUCACCGACGGCGUUUGACACACGACGCCACGAGUACACCAGCAGCAGAUGACGUGUCUCCGCGCAGACGAAGUAUGGAUGAAACGGCUGUAGGCGAACUCGCUGGGACUGUGGAGGAUAUCGUAAAUGGUUCGGAUACUGAGCAGGGGGACUCAGACCAGCGAAUAACUGGACGACUACCGACUUACGAGGAGUCCCAUUUGGAUGAACACGUGCCGGAUGAGCGUUGGAGGGUAUCCGCAUCGUGGGGUGCGCCGCCCCCCUACACGCCGUAA